UGAGUCUAACAGAGAACAAAAGAAACCCUUGCGGCUGCUCUGUUGGAAAUAGAGCGCUACAUAAAUCAACUUCGGAUCCAGUAGCGUUGCAAAUAACCUAACCACGGAAUCCAUUUACCGUUUUGACCGUACCUCUCUCAGGAUAAUAGUUUUUCACCAUUCACCAAACUAAAACCAUGCCCCCAGAUGCCUUUCUUUGUGAUUCAAUAUUUUACCUUAUCCCUCUUCUCUAUUGGGUCAGCUUCGCCGAAAGAUGAAGUGACGUGCUUUCUGUUGUUUUUUCAAAGGUAGAGUGAUCUUAUGUUGGGAAUAUAUUAUUUGUGGGAAGCACGUGAAUAUUAUGAAGAAUGGUGCCCAGGGGCUCGCUAUCAAUUUUUUGGUGCUGAGUGCAGUGGUAUUUGAUUGAUGUGAAUGUGAGAUGGAUUGCAUGUUGAAAAUUUCAUGUUCUAUACUGUUGGAAUUUGCGGUUUUUAUAUUUUGAAGGGGAGGUAGGGGGUUUGCCUUGGCUAGUUGGCUUAAGGAUGAUAUUGGAUGUUGGUUGUGAUGUGGACAGGAAGGAGGCGGUGGCUGGUGGUGUUGGUUGUGGUGGAGGUGGUUUUGCUGAUCAGUUGUGGUUGAGGGUAGGAAAGAAAAAAGGUGAAAAUGAGUUCAGACAGCCGCAGCAGGAGCCGGAGCAGAAGCAGGAGCCCAAUGGACCGUAAAAUCCGAUCUGAUCGAUUUUCCUACCGUGAUGCACCUUACAGGAGAGAUUCACGUCGGGGUUUCAGCCGAGACAAUCUGUGCAAGAACUGCAAGAGGCCUGGUCAUUAUGCAAGGGAAUGCCCUAAUGUUGCAAUCUGCCACAACUGUGGCCUCCCUGGGCACAUUGCUUCUGAAUGUACCACAAAGUCACUCUGCUGGAACUGUAAAGAACCUGGCCACAUGGCCAGUAAUUGUCCAAAUGAGGGAAUUUGCCAUACCUGUGGUAAAGCUGGACACCGUGCUAGGGAAUGCACCGCUCCUCCAAUGCCUCCAGGAGACUUAAGGUUGUGCAACAACUGUUAUAAGCAGGGCCACAUAGCAGCUGAAUGUACGAAUGAGAAGGCAUGCAACAACUGUAGGAAGACAGGCCACUUGGCACGUGAUUGUCCUAACGAUCCUAUUUGUAACUUGUGCAAUGUUUCUGGGCAUGUGGCUAGGCAGUGUCCAAAAGCCAAUGUUAUUGGAGAUCGCAGUGGUGGUGGCGGAGGCGGUGGAGCUCGUGGUGGUGGUGGUGGUGGUGGUUACCGAGAUGUUAUUUGCAGGAACUGUCAGCAAUUAGGUCACAUGAGUAGGGAUUGCAUGGGCCCCUUGAUGAUUUGCCACAAUUGUGGAGGUCGUGGUCACCUGGCAUAUGAGUGCCCUUCAGGUCGGUUUAUGGAUCGCUACCCCAGGAGGUAUUGAUGGAUGGAAAUUUAUGCGUUCAGUAAUAUGGAUGUUUUUACUAUGAUUUUCUUGCCAAAGACAGAUUCAUGAGUCCUGGUAGAGUAUGUGUUUGGCUUUUUAUUAUUUUUAAUUUGCUUGAGAGACAUGACAAUGAUGCCAAUUUAUCGGCCAUUUAUAGUUUAUGAUGUCGUGCUUGUGCUAGGAAUAAGAAUUUGCUACUUCUGGAAGACCUGGUAUUGUAUGCAUUCAGAGUUACCUCA